CAAGACUCCGCCUUUGUCUAUUAACAAUAAUAUCAUCAAUCAUCAGAUAUGACUCAUCUCCCAUAUCCCACCAUUGGGGCCGGGGCCUCUGACUCCUCGCGUGAUCUGGCAUCACUUUUCGAGUGCCCUGUCUGUUUUGAUUAUGUCCUACCCCCCAUCCAUCAGUGUGACAGUGGACACUUAGUCUGUAGUAACUGCCAGCCCAAACUAGCUACACAGAUAUGUCCAGCCUGUAGGGGGCCACUGAGCGGUGUUCGUAACCUAGCUAUGGACAAGGUUGCCGAGACAGUUCUUUUUCCAUGCAAGUACGCUAACUCUGGUUGCUCUCUACGCUUUCUACACAACGAGAAAAGAAAACACGAAGAGACAUGUGAAUUUCGUCCCUAUGCAUGUCCUUGCCCCGGAACGACUUGUCGCUGGCAGGGAAGUCUAGACGAAGUACUGGAUCAUUUACUAAAUGCACACAAGACCAUUACCACUCUUAACGGGGAGGACAUUGUGUUCCUCGCCACUGAUAUCAACUUACCUGGAGCUGUAGACUGGGUCAUGAUGCAAUGCUGCUUUGAGCAUCACUUCAUGCUAGUCCUAGAGAAGCAAGAGAGGCACGAGGGCCAUCAGCAGUUUUUCGCUGUCGUCCAGAUCAUCGGGACUGAGAAACAAGCUGAACAAUUCCGCUAUAAAUUAGAACUAGUUGACUCGCGUCAUGGACGCAAGCUAGCGUGGGAGGCAAAGCCAAGAAGCAUACAUGAUGGCAUAUCUCAAGUCAUCUCAGGAAAUGACUGUCUUAUAUUUGAGCCAUCAAUGGCACAACAUUUUGGAGAAAAUGGGAAUUUAGCAAUUAAUGUAACAAUAGGUAGAGUUUGUUAUUAGGGUCCAGCUGCAUGUGAAAGCUGUUCCUUAAGACGCAAAAUAUUAUUCCUUUGAUCAGGUGGUAACAUUUGUAUCUGUUCAUCAGUCAAACUUAAUACUUGCAUUAAUAAAGCUGCCUUCUCUUGA